CGAGUCGGACUUCCUUUCAGUUUCGGAAGGCGAAAGAGUGCAGCUAAUGGACUCGGAGUCAACUUCAGAUUGUCAGAAAUGGACUGUCAGGAAAAGCUGGAGGUGCCCGUAUACAGCGAUGUGGACAGAGAGACUUUCUUGAGGGACAUAUAUCCUCUGCGCAGACCAGUGGUUCUAAAGCGCGUGCCCCUGGGGCCCUGUGUGCGCGCAUGGACGGUGAGUUAUCUUGCAGAAAAAGGGGGAGACCGCGAGGUCAAAGUGCACGUGUCCCCAGAGCCCAGGAUGGACUUUCUGCAUAAGAACUUUGUGUACAGGACACUGCCAUUUGACAAGUUUAUUCAGAGAGCUGUAGAGGUGAAACACUCUGAUUUCUUCAUUAGUCAGGAUGAAAGCUAUUACUUGCGCUCACUUGGAGAUGAUGUUCGUAAGGAACCUGCUGAUUUAAGGAAGCAGUUCCCUGAGCUGGCAGAGGACUUCUAUAUACCCCAGUUCUUUGAGCCGGAGCAGUUUUUCUCCAGUGUCUUUCGUAUUAGUUCCCCUGGUCUACAGCUGUGGACGCACUAUGAUAUAAUGGACAACCUUCUAGCUCAGGUUACAGGACGAAAGCGUGUUGUUCUCUACAGCCCCAAAGAUGCCCUUCAUCUCUACCUUACAGGGGACAAGUCUGAAGUUUUGGACAUCGACACUCCUGAUCUGCAACGUUAUCCUGAGUUUGUGAAAGCGUGCCGCUACGAGUGUGUUCUGGAACCAGGAGACCUGCUCUUCAUCCCAGCUCUUUGGUUUCACAAUACCCUGGCUCUCCAGUUUGGAGUUGGUGUCAACGUGUUCUGGAAGCAUCUUCCACCUGAGAGUUAUGAUAAGAAAGAUCCAUAUGGAAACAAAGACCCAGUAGCAGCUACUCGAGCGCUGCAGGCACUGGAAAGGACUCUAGGCAUCUUAGAAGAACUGCCACCUGAGUAUCGGGAUUUCUAUGCUCGCCGCAUGGUGUCGCGGAUUCAAAGUCGGGCGUACAUUAGGCAACCUAUGGAGGUGGCACAGGAAGAUUUAGACACUAAAUAG